AUGUCGUCCUAUCUUAAUAAUCUCCUCACAAAUACAACAUCGCGCUACAACAACCUCCGACGGCAGAUCCUAUCCGACGAAGCAGACGGCGAUACAGAAGACGACUCGCAUCUUUCCAGAGUUCUUCGCGCGUAUUACACGGAGAAAGGAAGACCGUUUCCACAAUGGCUUCCACCGGACCCAAAGGCGCCGCAGCCUGCGCCCGCCCAGUUUGCAUCUUCUCAGUUCGCGUCUUCUAGACAGCAGGCACAGGCACAGCCAGCGGGCAGAGGAGGAGGACUGAGCGAUCUAUGGGACAACCCUGCGCCGCAACAACCACCGCAAGAGCCUCAGUCACUUCGACGAGGAGCAGGAGGACGGGGUGGAGCAGCGCGCCCACUACAAGGUCGGCCCAUGGGCAAUUCGUUGACACCAGAGCCUCAAAUACAAGGGAGGCCACUACCCAGUCAGAGAGCAGGGAGCUAUCAAAGCUCGUUGGGAGGGCGUCCACAGACAGAAGCCUCACCACCACCAAGUGCAGGGGCAGGAUCAGGUACAUCGGCACAGGAAAGGCUCAAGGCCAGGUUAUGGGGACGAUCACAAAGUCCUGCCCCACGUGGCCUGUCUUCAGAGUCCGCCAACUCACAGUCGGCACAGGGUGGACGCCCAUCCUAUCCUUACGAUCGAAGCAACAGCUAUGGAAGCACUGGCAGUGCUGGUGGGAGACAGCAGGGCUCCUUUGGCGGCAUGUCUUCGAAUUCUCCAUGGAGCGGGAACGACGACCCCUACGCGCCACAGAAUGGAGGAUACGGCGGUGGCGCACCUCCACCCCAACGCGGGCCACAAGGUGGACGUAUGGGCCUGCCGAGCGGACCGCGCAUGCGUUGA